AACUGUUAAGACAAAGAUAAACACGAAUUGUGUCAAUAUUUUAAUUAAUACUCGUACUGAAAUUUUUUAAUUAUUUCAGAAAUUAAAAAGUUCACGCCAACAAUAGAGCAUUUUUAACACAGCCAAAUAUAAUAUAGCGCAUAUGUGUAAACGUCAAAACUUCAGAGAAAUUCCAGCACAAAGAACAAAUACAAGAAUCCAUUGUACAUAAACCACCCACAGUGGGCUUCGCAAACAAAACCAACGUUUCCAUUUGUCGUCGUUGUCGUUUUUCAUGAAUAGCUGCGCAGACAUUCCAAUAAAUAACCGAAUUUGAAAUUAAUACUUCCAAAUUUAUUGAUUUACUAUAUAAUUGGCCUUUCAAACAAAGAGUGAAAAAUUGCACGUUCCACCUUGCACUAGAUUUCUGCCAAAAAAUAAAAAAGUGAGAAUUUUGUAACUCUCGUGCGCUAGUAAACGUGAAUUAAAGUGGUGUAUAAACGAUUUAACAUUGAAAAGUUCACAUUUGCGAAAAAAAAGUUAAAGAAAAAAUUGGAAAAAGUUGAAAAAAGUAAAAUCUGUAAAGUAGUCAACAGCUCCAUCGACACAGGUGCAGAAAGAAAGCAGUACUCAUCUGAAAGGUAUUCGUAAAACGUGAGAGACUCGUGAGAACUUGAACUACACGCGAAAAGUCAACCCCUGUUUUCUCAUUCAGGGUACUCUAUACAUUCCAAAAAGCAUUGUGACGCGCGUGUUAAAUUCGCCGCCCACUAACUAAAAACAAAAAAAAAAAAAAAUUAAGCAUCGCCAUACGAACCUCGUUUCGUCUUAGUGGUGCGCUCGUUUCUUUGCUCUUCCACGCACUACUUACUACGUUAGCGCCCAUAAUCGGCGUGUCGUCUAUGAGUCUGUAGUACAAAAAACCACGGUAGUUACUUAAAUCUACAUACUCCCACCAAUACAAUCCCAUUGGUUUGGUGGACAAGCGAGUGCAACGUUAGUAAAGACACUUUACAGCAACAGGAAUCUAUAGACGAAAGAAAACAGCGAGUGGACAAAUAUGUUCUCUGGUUUAACAAAUCAAUUCACUUCGUUGGUAGGCGCCGUCAAGGGCGGUCAAGCCGACGAAGAUGUGCCUGCACCCACCCAGGAUGCUGCCGCCGCUCCGGAAGCAUCCGCUGUCAGCGCUACAGCAGUAACAGCACCAGCUGCAGGCGUAGAGCAAUCAGCGAAUGCGGCUGGUGUCAGUGGGGAGCAGCCUAUUGAAGGUGAAGAGGGUGCUAAGAGCGGCUCAUCCAUCGUCGAUCAAUUGUUCACAGAAGCAACUGGUUGGUUGGGAAGUGCCAAAGGCUGGUUAGGCAGUGCCAGCGCUUCAAUUCCAUCGAUGCCGGCAAUGCCUACCAUGUCUAUGCCAUCAAUGCCAGCUAUGCCAGCCAUGCCGUCGAUGCCCUCAAUUCCGGGGCUGCGCAAGGGUGGCGCCGAAGCUGGUGAGGGUGUCGCCGCAGAUGGCACUAUUAUCGAGGGCGGAGAUGCUACAGGUGCCAUGAGUGGUGAAGAAGAAGACAAAUCGAGGUACAUUAGCGCUACAGAGGGUGCCGAUUCGCAUCCCGCUUCUGGCGGUGGCACCCCCACUGGUGAUGAGGGUCAAAUUGGACAGGGUAAGGGCGAAGAAGCGAACAUUACCACAAAAGUAACACAACAAGCAAAACAUUUUGGCUCAUUCUUGUCGUCGGCAAUAAAUAAAGCGGGCGCUAAAAUUAAGGAGACUGUCAAGGAGAAUCCCAUUCUCGAGUCUUUCAACAAAGAACAGGAAGCCUUUAUCAAAAGUCAAGGUGGUCAAGAUUCCGGCGCUGCACCCUGGAUCGGACACUCCAACGAGGCUAAGAUCAAAGAGGAAAUACUCGGUCUCUCACAGGAUCGUCGCAAUUUUGUGCGCGCCCCACCGGCCGGCGUUGAUUUUGACUUUAACUACGAUACAGCGUAUCCCACAGCAAUUGCCAUAAUGGCCGAGGAUAAGGCGCUGGAGACAAUGCGAUUCGAAUUGGUGCCCAAAAUCAUCACCGAGGAGAAUUUCUGGCGGAAUUACUUCUAUCGUGUUUCACUAAUUAUUCAGGCAGCCGAAUUGGGUACACUUGGCGCUGAUGGCGUUGGUCAGGCCUCAAGCGGCGAAGACGCCAAAAACGCGCUUGGCGGCAGCAAGUCACAAACGGAAGUUGCUGCUACUGCCACUAUUGUCAAUGAUGAGCAAAUAAAUGCAACUGCUAAUACAGACGCCAAAGCGUUAGGGCCUAUUUCGCCCAUUUCACAACAACCCACCGGUGCUGGUGUUGAUAAACUCGCCAAACAAAUAUCACGCCACAGUGAAUCUGAAUUCGUCUCAGAUUCUUUCCAAGCAACUACUGACACCGACUUGGAAGAAAUCAAAGAUGGCAUGCGUAAAUUGGGUAUUGACAGUAUGACAGAUCAAGUGAUCGGCAGUGAUGAAGAACAAUGGGAAAAAGAUCUGGAGGCUGAGUUGAAGGACUACGAAGUGGUAGGCGGCACGACAGCCGCUCAUAGUCGUGCAGGCGGCGGCGGCGGCGGCGGCGCCGUUAACAGUGACGAUGGCAAUGGCGACGACGACGAAAUACCGACAAUAUCAAAUCUGCGCACACGUUCAACGAACAACGAUUGGGAGGAAUAUGCUGAUCUGAUCGAAGAUACCGAUGAUUUAAAGUAAUUAAGAGCCUGUAUCGUAGCUUCUUCUAACUCAAUUCAUAAACGAUUUUAAAUACAUACAUACAUAUUAAUAUAUUAUUCGUGUUAAUACCACCAGCAUCUAUCUCCACCUCCAGUAGCAUUACACUACUAUUAUCUUGAUUUUUUUUAUUGAUUAUAUGCUUCUGAGCAUUCUGAAUUAAUUACUGCCUGUACGUUUACUUGACUUUUAGUAUUUGACGUGUAUUUUUUCUUGUUUUUCUUCUUUUUCUCCAUUCCACAUACUUUUCCAAUCCCGACUAUUGCUACCGACGGCUUUACACCUUCCCUUCUGACCUUACUUUUACUUUAUUGUAUACAAUUUUUUGUCACCCAACUGUAACUGUCUGUAUGUGUAUUCGUGUUUUCUUUGUAUUUUUUUUUUAUUUGGUUUUUUGGAAACUGUAUUGCUUCCAUUGAAUUUAACGUAUAAUGAAAUAUAAAUAUAUAUGUGUACGUAUGUAUAUGUAAAACAAUUAAAAUUUGUUACUAAAUGAUGUGCAAUACAAAAAAAAUACUUAAAUGUUAAAACAUGUUUGUAACAAUUGUGAAACAUUUAAAACUGGAAUAGGACACUGAAGAGUUUGAGGAGGGUCAUGCUGGGCUAUCAAUGAGCCGAGGAGUUCUUUACGCCUUUUUAGUGUUUUUUUAUAUAUUUCGAAAACCUUGUUGUACGAAUUAAAAAAAAACACAAAUUUUUGGAAUUAAAAAUUAAUAUUUUUUCCUUUUGAAUAAAAUAUUUUUGAACAAUUUUAUGUUUUUAAACCUAACUUGAUGGAGUUAGUAGAGGAGGAAAUUAUAAUUUUUGGAGUAAUAAAUUAAUUUUUUUUUUUUACUUAAUACAAAAAAAUUUAAAAGGGCUGUUUUUAAAGUAAAUAAAGCUAGUAGAGAGAAAUUUAUAAUUUUUUUGAGUAAGAAAUUAAAUUUUAUUUAAUAGAAAAAACUUUUAAAAGGUCAUGUUUUUAAAGCUAUCAAAAGCAAGUAGAGAAAAAAUUAUAAUUUUUGGAGUAAGAAAUUAUUAUUUUUUAUUUAUGCAAAAUAUUUUUGGCAAA